GACGUAGUACUUCUUGUGCGGGAGCAGCGGGCGCUCGGCGGCAGUUGUAUGGGUGCGGGAAGGCAGAGCCGGGGGUUAGUGGAGCACUCGUCCGCCUAGUGAGCAGUUCUCCGGUCUGAGAUCGCGAUUAAUUGAAAAAAUGUCGGGGGACAACGAAGAAACGCACACGGCCGAGGAGACUUCGGUGGACGACAAGGAGGUCCAGGACAAGCUGAUCAGUCCCGAGAAGGCAGAGGAGGCCAAACUGAAGGCCAGAUACCCAAAUUUAGGACAUAAGCCCGGAGGCUCUGAUCUGCUGCGCAAACGCCUCCAAAAGGGGCAAAAGUAUUUUGACUCGGGCGACUACAACAUGGCUAAAGCCAAGAUAAAGAACAAACAGUUGCCAACAGCUGCACCAGAGAAGACCGAGGAGAUCACAGGGGACCACAUCCCCACCCCCCAGGACCUGCCCCAAAGGAAACCCUCCCUGGUGGCCAGUAAACUGGCAGGCUGAUGCACACGCAGCCUUGAUAUCUCCUGCAGCACCUCCCAGCCCUAAGCCUCUCCACUCAAGCCUCAGAGCUGUAACAUUACCUCUCCCACCCCCCACCCCUCCCACAGUUCCACCUGUCUGCCCCCACCCCCCCCUCUCCUCGACAAGAUCCCACACCUAUCACACAGUGAACUGGCUAGCUGAUACUUUCAAAUCCUGUUCAUUUCAGUUUUCCCACUUGUCCCUGUCUCUACCUCCUGUAUGUUUUCGUCUCUAACUGACUGCCCUUCUGCCAUCGUCCUCUUAGCUCUCCAUUGUCCUUCUUUUAUUUUUUCAUUACUUCCAUGUAUGAUACACUGAAAGACAGGACAUCCAUGUGUGAUUGUGACAAGCGGACUGUGACUCUUCUGUACAAAGGAUGGACGAUCGAUACCACAGUGUAAACUGGUCGAAGAGAAACGCAACAAGCAAAAGCUAUUUUUUGUGUGGUUUGGAGGGCUUUUGGCAUAGACAUCAGGAUUCCAUUGUGUGUGCGUGUGUGCGUGUGGCAGACGUCAGCCUUUUAGAAAGUUAAAUGUCAGAUUUGUAUUAUUCACUGUAUGUCCUAACUCUAAAUUAUGCUAUGAAUAUGCUUGAGUGAUUGACUGAGUAUAGUAAUCCAGAGGCCAAGCUCAGUUUUGUUAAUACGUUGAUUGUGAAACAAGAGGGGGGAGCGAUACUAAAAGACGGCACACUGAAGGCCAGAGUGUCAUAAGCAACUGCAUGUGUGAUGCAGGGCUCGCUCAAGGCAGACUUCAAUGGGCUUCAAUCAAACUCAUGAAGAUGCCCUGAAAGGACAUGUAACCAUGCCGGAAAGCUCGGGUGCAACAUGAAAUCUCUGGGUGGCAGAAAUAAGGUUUGUUCAAAACAUCUUGAAACUAAUAAUUUCUUUGAAGCGAGAAAGAGGAGAGGAAGUUGUUGUCGGCUUCAGUCUGAAGUGCAAUGUUGAAAGUUGCACUGUAUUCGUGUUGUGCCAGACAUUUCAGCCUGAGAGGUCGACAGUCCUUUCCUUGGGUCAAAGUUUAUAGUUUCAAGUUGUUGUGAAGGACUCGUUGCAGUUCUUGUAGAGGGUAGCAUAGAACACGGGACGUGAAAGCUCAACUCCUGUUAGUAGGGACCAGUCUUUGUGCUGCGUGAGAAGAAAAAAAUCUGUUAAUAAAUGUACUGGGAGCAUCUUUUGGCACUGGGAACAAAGAGUCUAAUGAAUUGUGUUCAGAUUUGGGGGCAAACAAUCUAUACUCAUAAGUGAAAGUAGUUUUAUCUUUAAAAAGUUGUCCUCGGCCCUGUGUAGUGCUUUUCCAGGGUCCUCGCUGACUGGAUGAAGUUUACCUGUGAUGUGGUCAAUCUAAGCUGGCACUACAUCCGUCUGAGCUGUGCAUGUACGUGGCUGCCCUGCUGUCACUUAAUGCCAUUUUGUUUUGUAAAUAAAAUAGUUUUGCACAAAUGUUUAA